AUGACGGCCCCCGCGUCUUUCCUGAGGGAUUACGACCCCGAAGGCAUGGCCUGGACAACAAUUUCAACAUGUCAAGACGGAAAUUCCACUGUUCCGCAUUUUCGCCACCAAUCCCUGAAUGAAGCGGUCGCGCGUCGCGCGUUCGUUCAAGCCAAGACAGCGGCGCCCAACGCCAUCCCGGCUUCCGGCACACCGGCCGGCAAGACGCAGCCUCCUGCAUCGCGCGCGGCGGGAAGCAAAGGCAAGGCUAUUACCAACUGGAAGCCUCGCCCAUUUCCAAGACCGGGCCCGGACGACUUCGUGGUCGUGCUCAAGCCACGCGAACAUAUGUCGCUGCACCAAGCCUUUUCGGAGAACCGCUACGGCACCUUUACGGCCUACCUAGGGCCUGAGCUAGCAAAGUCUGUCAUGGUUCUGCCGUCCCGUGACCAAAACCUCGUAUUGAUCCACACCCCGAACCCGGCAACGGCAGAUCGGCCCCUCGGGGAGUUUUCUGUCAAUAACGAGCAUGGGGCGAUUCCACUCCACGGAUACCUUCGACAAGACGGAGGCGAUGUGUGCCAUGGCGUCAUCGUCGUAAGCAACUCGGACACCACUGAAUCACUUCGAGAGCAGGUGCAAUGGAGAGAAGGCACCAUCGUCGAGGUGAGGAAAUUCGGCUCCUCUAACAAAGCUCGGGUCACCUUCGCCGGGAAGGUGAAACCGCGUUUCGUGCAAUAUGAGAACAUGCUCAUCCCAGUGCGAAAAUACUACCGGAUAAUUCCAGCCUGCGGCCUAUGUGGGGCCGUCGACCACCGAGCGGAUGCCUGUCCCAACACGCAGCCCAACACGUGCGGCCUCUGCGGUCAACAAGCCCCGCUUGUGGAGGGGGUGCGGGCCCCUCACGAAUGUGUUCCGCGAUGCUCGGUAUGUGGCGGUGGACACGCAACAAGCUCGCGGGAGUGUGCGGCAAAAUUCCGCACACACAAGAUGCUCGCCCCGAAGGGCGGAGCAAAAAAGAAGUCGGCAGCCAAAAAGAAAGGCCGCCAUCUUGGCUCCCCCGGUGAGUCACCGAGCAGGGACGACAGCAACACCGAGAAGCCGGCGCCAUCAACAGAAGUCGGCAAGCGACCACCGACGCAGCCACCACACGGCAGCGCAGGAAAACUGUCGACGACGCCACCACGCGGGGAGGCCAGGGCCUGGGCCAACGCUGGAAAACAUGAAACGCAGUGUUCUUCCAAGCUUAAAAAUGUAACUUUCGCAGCCCUCUUCAGUCGCACCCUGAAGGCUGCGGGCUGGGACCGCCUGGUGAUCGUGGGUGAUUUCAACGCUCACAGCACACUCUGGGGGUACGUGCGUGAAGAGAAGCGCGGGCGCAAGCUAGCGGAACAUGCGUCCACGCUGGGCCUCACUCUUCACACUGACCCUGCAUAUCCAACGCGGUUGGGUAACUCUGUGACUCGGGACACGUGUCCGGACCUUACCUUCACCAAAAACAUUAGACACGCAGAAUGGACCAACACCGAGGAAACCCUCGGCAGUGACCACUGCAUACUCAACACCACAGUCACAAGCAAACCAUUGGCAAGACCCCACGCCCAAACCCGCCUACCAGACUGGACAAAGUUCUGUAAAAACUACACUAAUUUGGCCCCUAUCCACGAAACAGGUUACCACGCGUGGUCACAAGAAUUGGUUACACACCUUCGUUCGACGGAAACUCAAGUUCAACUCUUGGAGGUCCUGCCGGGGGUGGACAACAACCUCCUGCACCUCUGGGAAGCGCGGCACAGCCUCGUCCGCAGAUGGCGCCGCCAAAAACACAAUCGGAAGCUCAAAAUUUGCAUUGCCGAGCUCACCCAACGAGCGGCAGAGUACGCGGCCCAGCUCGCCGACUCGAAUUGGGUGAACCGAUGCAACACGGCUGCUAGACAAAUGUCCAGCCGGAGCACUCGGCGGCUCUUUCGCGCCUUGAUCGAUCCGACCCAAACCAGAGCCGAGACACAAAACGGGCUAUCCAUAGCUUCGACGGAGACACCUCAAAAUUAG